UUCUCGGGUUUUUCUCUGGCUACCUGUCUGUGAGUUUUACUUGGACUUCACGAACGAGGAUUGAUGCACAGUCCAGGCAACCGGCAGCACCUCCAAGGCCAGCUAGUGACCUGAGGUCCAACAGCCUCCCCUCGACCCUCGGCCGGAGGCUGGCUCCCGCCCACACGGGUCUCCCCCUGCCUGGAGCGGUCCAGUUCCAGCCGGCUCUUUCUCUCCGCCCUCGGUCUCAGCAGUUACUGUAGAGAGGGCUGACUAGGAGAAAAGACCAGGCUCCUGCCGGAGCUCAGAGAGAGCUCCAAUUCCCGCCAUCCCUUCCUCCGGGACAGGGCCUUGAGGGGACCCCCAACCCUGCAGGAGUGAGGACCGGCUUCUAGAGCGACAGGGGCCCUGGAGAGCAGGUGCCCGGCGGGAGGGCCAGGCUGCCCCGGGACCAGGCUCCAGGCAGGAGGUGCAGGAGCCGGGCUGCUCAGGAAAGGGGACACUCUGAGAGAUGCUGCUGCAUUCCUGCGGUCCUACUGCACCCGGUGGAGCAGUCUCAGUCAAGGUGGCGUGGAUGAGUGGGUGAAAGAGGAUGUGCCCCCAUCUGAAGCCUCUGGAGGGUCCUGGCCUGGCAGCUGAGUUCUUUUUGGACUUGGGGCAGCAGGUGUAGCUGCAGAGCUCGUGAGAGAGUGGCUUUCCUAGCUUUUACUCACCAAACUGGUUGGGGUUUGGGGACUCUAAAGGGAACUUGGGGAAAGAUAACCUGGCAGAAAUGGAAAGGAACCCCCAGAACCUUCUAGAAUCUAUUAACUGGAUCCCCUCUUACUGCUCAGAGCACAGAGGGAGGCUGUGAUCCGAUUAAGCUUUGGACCCACUUAAGUAAAACAACACAGCUCAGCAAGCAGCUCCUGCAUUUGAGCCAGACAGGAGGAUUCAAAGGGAGAGAGUUGCUGCAUAUUUUACUCUGAGAUCCAAGGAGAUAUAAGAUAAGGACACUGGCUUUCCCUUCUAAUAAUGCCAGAUCUGGAAGAAGCAUGAACCAUUUUAAGCAUCUAAGAGGGUUCUUGAAGCAUAGGAGUUGGUGGCAAACCCUCCCAGUGCAGGUAAGAACAGUUGCAGCAUCCAGCUGAGCACGUCAGUGAGCAAGGACUUGGGGCUGUUCCUGUCCCCUGGCAGCAGUGACCUCACCAGGAGCAAAAGCGUCCCUCAGUUGUGAGAUUUGACAGAAUGAGGUGUGCCGGGGAAACAACUCACUGGAACUUGGCCUUUCCUGCCUGUCCCCACAUCCCCCAAGAGGCCCCAGACCACUGAGUCAAUGAUGGCCGAGAAAGGUGACUGCAUUGCCAGUGUCUACGGGUAUGACCUUGGAGGGCGCUUCGUUGACUUCCAACCCCUUGGCUUUGGGGUCAACGGACUGGUGCUGUCAGCUGUGGACAGCAGGUCUUGCCGGAAGGUAGCCGUGAAGAAGAUUGCUCUGAGCGAUGCCCGAAGCAUGAAGCAUGCGCUCCGAGAGAUCAAGAUCAUCCGGCGCCUGGACCAUGACAACAUUGUCAAGGUGUAUGAGGUACUAGGACCCAAGGGCAGCGAUCUGCAGGGCGAGCUCUUCAAGUUCAGCGUGGCCUACAUUGUCCAAGAGUACAUGGAGACUGACCUGGCCCGGCUGCUGGAGCAGGGCACGCUGACCGAGGAGCAUGCCAAGCUGUUCAUGUACCAGCUGCUGCGUGGGCUCAAGUACAUCCACUCGGCUAAUGUGCUGCACAGGGACCUGAAGCCCGCCAACAUUUUUAUCAGCACGGAGGACCUUGUGCUCAAGAUUGGGGAUUUCGGGCUGGCAAGGAUUGUGGAUCAGCAUUACUCGCACAAGGGUUAUCUGUCGGAAGGGUUGGUGACAAAGUGGUACCGUUCUCCACGACUGCUCCUCUCCCCCAACAACUACACAAAAGCCAUCGACAUGUGGGCAGCUGGCUGCGUCCUAGCUGAGAUGCUCACGGGGAAAAUGCUCUUCGCUGGGGCUCAUGAGCUGGAACAGAUGCAGCUCAUCCUAGAGACCAUCCCUGUGGUCCGGGAGGAAGACAAGGAAGAGCUCCUCAAGGUGAUGCCGUCCUUCGUCAAUAGCACCUGGGAGGUGAAGAGGCCACUGCGCAAGCUGCUCCCUGAUGUCAACAGUGAAGCCAUUGACUUUCUGGAGAAGAUCCUAACCUUUAACCCCAUGGACCGCUUGACAGCAGAGAUGGGGUUGCAGCACCCCUACAUGAGCCCUUACUCAUGCCCCGAGGAUGAACCCACCUCGCAACACCCCUUCCGCAUUGAAGACGAGAUCGAUGACAUCGUGUUGAUGGCUGCCAGCCAGAGCCAGCUCUCCAACUGGGACAGGUACCCUGUGAGCCUGUCGUCAGAUCUGGAGUGGAGGCCUGACCGGUGCCAGGAUGCCAGUGAGGUGCAGCGUGACCCACGCGCUGGCUCUGCGCCGCUGACUGAGGAUGUUCAGGUAGACCCACGUAAAGACUCGCAAAGCAGCUCUGAGCGUUUCCUGGAACAGUCGCACUCGUCGAUGGAGCGUGCCUUUGAGGCUGACUAUGGGCGCUCCUGCGACUACAAGGUGGGGUCCCCAUCCUACCUAGAUAAGCUGCUGUGGCGUGAUAACAAGCCGCACCACUACUCAGAGCCCAAGCUCAUCCUGGACCUGUCACACUGGAAACAGGCAGCCAGCACGCCCACCAUGGCUGCGGUAGCAGCAGACCCGGUGUCACGUGAGGAUGAGCCGGCCAACCUCUUCCUAGAGAUCGCUCAGUGGGUCAAGAGCACGCAAAGUGGCCCUGAGCGUGCCAGUCCUCCCCCUGAUGCUCCAGAGCACCGCCUCUCUGUCUCGCCCCCAGGACACCCAACACCCAUCGAUGGGGGUGCUAGUCCCCAGUUCGACUUAGAUGUGUUCAUCUCGCGUGCCCUAAAGCUCUGCACAAAACCCGAGGACCUACCGGAAAACAAACUGGGGGACCUCAAUGGUGCGUGCAUCUCUGAGCACCCUGGCGACCUUGUCCAGACAGAAGCCUUCUCCAAAGAAAGGUGGUGAGCACACAGGGGUGCGGGAGAACUUCCAGAGCAAGAUGCCUCCCAGAAAGCUGGACUACUUCCUUGCUCCCUCGCCCUUCCUUCAGCCCCUCUCUGCUGCAUCGGGGUUAGCAGAACACCCGAGGAUCCGGGGAGCGAGAAGAAUGUCCAUUUCUUAAACUGCCUUAAUAACUAGCCUUUAACCUCUGGGAGCGGGUUGGAACAGAGCCUGGCUGGAAGCUUUCACUUUCCCGUCGAAGUGGGAGGCCUGUGUUUUAUAACUGACAAUGCAGGGAUGAAAGGGGUGUCGAACAGCAGUCCACGGCCCCACCAAGGUCAAGGGGGCAGAAGCAGCUUGCAGACAUAGGUUCCAAGCCAUGCGACCCACAUAGUCUCAAAAUGGACAUGUGGGCCGAGAGAAGCCGUGUCUGAGUUAGGACCACAGUAUAAUGUCUUCCUCUGCUGGGGUCACUCUAGCUUGGUCAGCAAACUUGGUCCCAAGUGCUUCUAGCUGUCCCUUUCCAUCUGUCCCAUACAUUCUUUUAAGUUAGAACAAUGUACCUGUAUUUGAAAACUAGAAUCAGAACCACUUUCUUUCUCCCAGCUGCCAGACAUUUUUAUGACUCCCCAAGUGCUUAAAUGUCCUCCUUCACCUGCCACAUCCCUGUAUUUGCCCAAACUCAAGACCGUCUGAAGUUGUUGCUUCGGAUCAGAGCAGGUCAGGGUCUCUGGGUGAAUUGUCCCCUCCCAGGCCUGUGUGUGCCACCUCCUCCAGCAUGCCCUAUGCACUUCCCUGACACAGCCCAGCCCCCGCUCCCCAGUGGAUGUCAUCCACGGAUGAGUUUGAAGAUGGCAAUUUCAAGAAUCCCUCUUGACCAGUCCCCAGCUUCCCACCGCACCCACAUACACAGCUCCUCUCCAAACCUGCUUCAGAACCAAAUAUUCUCGGCACAGAUUGCUCAUUUGUAGGAGGCGCAGUAAGGUGUUUUCCACAGAAACAAAUGAGUAAGGAGGGAAGGUUCCACAGAGGGCCCGGCAGCCUUCAUUAAUGUUGCCCUUGAACCUGAGCGUUUAUUUAGGGCUAACCAGGAGCACUCCUAAGGGAGUGACUGGAGGGCUAGUCACCUUGGGGGCAAGAAACACAGAAAGAGAAACUAGGUGUUUAAAGGGGUUUACCAACCCCAAGUGUCCUGAGGAGGCAGCUAUCAACCUGGAGAACCCAAGACAAAGAAUUCAAAGUAACCAUGUCCUCACAGCUUAAGAUGCACUUGGAGUCCAAAGCCUCUGCAGAAGCGUGGGGUGGGGACACCACCAGUUCCCAGUCUGUCCCUGGAUACUCCGCCGCUGGUAUCUAUCCUCCCCUACCCGUGCCGACAUCCCAAAGAUACCCACAGGAAGACUAGCUGGUCUGUCAAGCAAUCUCUUUGGAAUGUAUUCGUCCUCACAUCGCAGCACCUUAAAUCUAGCUAACUAUGAUUUGUAUAUUGAACCCUACACGGCAUUAUAAACUUAUAUUUUAAAACAGAGUUAAUCACACUGACCAGUUUUAAGUGGAAAAUUUGUAAAUAUAAAGUGUUUAGGUUUUGCUUUUUAUUUUUCCUUUAAGAAAAUGCAAUGCAUAUCACUCCUCACGUGCCAUUUGUCCUCAGAGGGAAGGUUUACUUUUUGAGUAAAGGGACAUGCUGCUGAUUAGCCAUGAGUUCGCAGAGAACUGUCAUGACAGGAGAAUUGUUAUAAUUAUUCACGUUCUUAAAAUAAUCUGUUACAUAUUAUUAAACUUGAUCAGGAUGAGCCAAAUAAACUUUUAUGAACG